AUGAUCCUGUCUAACGCCACGGCCGUGACACCUAUGCUGACCAAGUUAUGGCAGGGGACAGUUCAACAGGGCGGCAACACGUCUGGGCUGGCCCGCAGGUUCCCAGGCCACGAGGACGGCAAGCUGGCAGCGCUCUACAUCCUCAUGGUCCUCGGCUUUUUCGGCUUCUUCACCCUGGGCAUCAUGCUGAGUUACAUCCGCUCCAAGAAACUGGAGCACUCCCAUGACCCAUACAACGUGUACAUUGAGUCUGACACUUGGCAGGAGCAGGACAAGGCGUACUUCCAGGCCCGGAUUCUGGAGAGCUGCAGGGCGUGUUACGUCAUUGAGAACCAACUGGCUGUAGAGCGACCCAGUGCAUACCUUCCUGAGAUGAAGCGGUCGUCCUGA